UAUGUCCAAGAUGGUGUUAUUUUCAUUAUUCACUUUAAAAUAGUAAUUUUUGCCAAAGAAAAUUUUGAUUCUUGAUCUAGAUCUAGAUCUAGACUAGAUCUAGAUCAAAAUGACUGACAAUAUCAAUGAAAUUUCAAACAGUUCUUCCACUGAAUUAACCGUCUUAAGAUCCGAUUAUAAACACUUAAACCACAAACAAUGGAAAGCUUUGUUGAAGAAAUUGAAAAGAAAAGAAAUAAGAACCCUGGCUGCUAAAUCUAGAGAUGAAGAAAAAGGAGAUAAAAGUGAUGCUCAAUCAGAAACUAAUUCUGAAGAAGAACGUGAGUGGGAAGAAGAAGAGAAGAACCGCCAGUACCAGCACCAGCUCUGGUUAGAAAGAGAACGACAAGCUGAGCUUGCUUUCAAAGCUAAAAAAGAAUGGGAAGAAAAGGAAAAGAAAAGAAAGGAAGAAAUAGAGAGAAAAAUCAAAGAAGAAUGGGAGGAGAGAGAACGUCAAGAAAAUGAAGAAAGAGAAAAGAAAGAAAAAGAGGAUCAAGAAAAACGCCUGAAGCAGGACAAGUUGCUGAAGGAAGCUACCUCUAAUGAAAACACUAAUGCGUGGCAUAAUCCUAUUGCACCAGUCCAGUAUGGGAAGGAACGUCAAGUGGACGUUUGCCCCUUCUUCAAGAAAACUGCAGCCUGCAGAUUUGGUGAUCAUUGCUCACGUUAUCAUGAGUACCCAGAAUGCAGCACUACCAUACUGAUACCCAAUAUGUUCUCUAGUUUUCAGUUGGAGCAGUCUAUUGUGGACAAUGUUGACACAGAUGUGAGUCUUGAAUAUGAUGAGAAUGAGCUAUAUCAAAGUUUUAAGGAGUUUUAUGAAGACACAGUUCCUGAAUUCAAAACUGUUGGGACUAUUGUGCAACUAAAAGUAUGCUGCAACUGUGAACCACACUUACGUGGUAAUGUGUAUGUGCAGUACAAAAGGGAGUCUUCAGCACAGGAAGCAUAUGGAAAGUUCAACGCUAGGUGGUAUGGCGGGCGCCAGUUAACUUGCAUUUUUGUCAACAUUGAGUCCUGGAAAGCAGCCAUUUGUGGACUUGCUUCUAAGAAGAGAUGUCCUAAAGGAAAAUCUUGUAAUUUUCUGCAUGUGUUUCGAAACCCGGGGGGAGAAUUUUCUGAAAUGGACUAUGAUCAAAAUCUCCAGGAUAGAUAUGAAAAUCAAAGAGAAAAUAAACAUUAUUCCAGGCGGGAAUAUAGAAGCAGAUCUAGGCGUUCUAGAUCAACCAGCAGAUCUAGGCGUUCAAGAUCAACCAGCAGAUCUAAGAGUUCUAGAUCAAGAAGACGGUCCACAUCAAAGGCUAGAUCUUUAAAAUCGAGGCAUAGGUCAAGAUCACCUUCAUCAAACCAUUCUAGAAAUUAUAACAAGACAAGUCGAUCAUCAAAAUCACAUAAAAGAUCUAGAUCAAGAUCACCAAGCCGCACAUCUAAUUCAAACAAACCAUCUCCUUCAAAAUCACCAAGACGAUCCCACAGAUCAAAAAGAUCGCGAUCAAAGUCACAUGCAUCUAUUAGAAAUACUUCAUCAAAACAACGAAAAUCACGCUCUAAGUCACCAAAAGACGUGAAAUAUAUAACCAACCACUAUGCUAAAACAAAAGGCAGAUCAUUAUCUGACUCAUCAUCCUCUUCUGAUUCUCCUCCAAGUCCUAAAUCACUAAAACAGAAAUCUAACAAAAACUUCCAUAGUAGUACAAAGGAUACAUCCACUGAAUCAGAAAGUGAUUAUGAAUAUGUUGAAAAAACUAAAGAAACAAUUACUUGAUAUGUUAAUAAAAGAAAUUUAUUGUUUGAAAUGUU